AUGUCACCAAGUCGAACUGAUGAGGUUGAAUAUCAGGAGGUUGCGGAUACCAAGCCAAAAGUCUCAUACGAUAUCAAUGUCCCGUACAUGCCAGCGUCGGGCGAGUAUGAGGCACGUAUAAAAGACCGAACCGAGUUUCCACAGUAUCUCCCAGUAUGGGAGAAGGGAGUUUGGUUCGACGAGGUGGAGGAGUUCGAGUACCAUGAUCCAGCCCUACGAGCGGACAAGGCCAAACCACAUCUCCUCGCAGCUGGUGUAACAGCCACACCAAUCACACCCAAGAUGGGAACAGUUCUCACAGGACUCAAACUCGAGCAGCUCACUCCAGAAGCAAAAGACGAGUUAGCCCUUCUAGUCUCAGAACGCAAAGUCGUAGUCUGUCGCGAGCAAUUCGACUUCCUCAACAAAGGCCCCGCCUACCAAGUCGACUUCAUGCAAUACUACGGCAAACUCUCCCACCAACCCGUCACCGGCGCCGUCAAAGGCUUCCCAGAAUUCCACAUCAUCCACCGCGACGGCAACAAAGAAGAGAUCGCCACGUUCUUCAAACACAAAACCACCUCCACAAUCUGGCACCACGACGUCUCCUACGAGCGCCAACCCCCAGGCUACAUCAUGCUCGGCAUCCUCGCCUGCCCGGACGUCGGCGGCGACACCGUCGUCGCCGACAUGUCCGAAGCUUACAACCGUCUCUCCCCAGCGUUCCAGGGAAUGAUAAACCAAAUGUCCGCGGUGCACACAUCCGAGAAACUGAUCGCGCACGCGCGCGAGAACAAAGGUCUCGUACGCAGUAACCCCGUAGAUUCGAUCCAUCCGGUCGUGCGUGUGCAUCCCGUGACGGGCGAGCGCGCGCUGUUCACGAACAUGGAGUGGCCGAAGGAGUAUCUGGGGUUGAAGCAGGAGGAGUCGGCCGUGGUGGUUAAGUUUUUGAUGGAUCAUGUGAGGAUGGGUCAUGAUUUCCAGGCGAGGGUGCAUUGGGAGAAACAUUCUGUGGUUAUGUUUGAUGGGAGGACUACGCUUCAUACCGCAACUGUUGACUACGACAACGCGGAACAAGCUCGUCAUCUGUUCCGUCUCGCUGCUAUGACAGAAGUGCCCAUUUCCGUCUCUGACGCUGAACGUGGAAUUCGUCGCUAA